AUGACCCCUUCCCCAUCUUCUUUCACUGUUCCUUUCCUCGAUUCCAUGGCUCUUUCCUCCACCCUCCGCUUCUCUUCUUCUCUCUUCCGGCACCACCUUCCUCUCUCCCCCACGCGAUUCGCUUUCCUCCGCUACCAUUUCCCCGGUCAUUUCCGUCCCAUCUCUGCAUUCCCCUCUGCCGGGACCCGCUUCAACCCCAUCCAAGCGCGUCGCAGGGACGAUGCCGACGGCCAGAAUGGGAGUCUGCUGGCGAAGGAUUCCGACGAUAGUGGCAGAGAUGGGCGCGUGGUUCCUACCGAGCUUCACAAAGAGGCCACUGAGGCCUACAUGUCCUAUGCCAUGUCGGUUUUGCUCGGCAGGGCUUUGCCGGAUGUCAGGGACGGGUUGAAGCCUGUCCACCGGAGGAUAUUAUUCGCCAUGCAUGAACUGGGUCUCUCAUCGAAGAAGCCGUUCAAGAAGUGUGCUAGAGUUGUUGGUGAGGUGCUUGGUAAGUUCCACCCGCAUGGAGAUAGUGCCGUCUAUGAUGCAUUAGUGAGAAUGGCCCAGGAUUUCUCGUUAAGGUGUCCACUCAUCCAAGGCCAUGGGAAUUUCGGUUCCAUUGAUGCGGAUCCAGCUGCUGCUAUGCGUUAUACAGAAUGCAGGCUGCAAGCACUGACGGAAGCAGUUUUGCUGGCUGAUCUGGAACAAGAUACGGUUAAUUUUGUGCCCAAUUUUGAUAAUUCCCAAAAGGAACCAUCACUUUUGCCAGCUCGUCUUCCAACUCUGUUGUUGAAUGGUUCUUCUGGAAUUGCGGUUGGCAUGGCAACCAAUAUUCCUCCCCAUAACCUUGGAGAGGUGGUGGAUGUCCUAUGCGCAUUAAUUCACAACCCAGAAGCCACUUUGCAAGAACUCUUGGAAUACAUGCCAGGACCUGAUUUUCCUACUGGAGGUCUAAUUAUGGGAAAUGUAGGGAUCUUGGACGCUUAUCGAACUGGACGUGGGAGAAUUGUAGUCAGGGGUAAGACAGAGGUGGAACUUGACUCCAAAACAAAGCGGUCUUCUAUUAUCAUAAAAGAGAUUCCAUAUCAAACAAACAAAGCUUCCCUUGUCCAAAAGAUAGCUGAACUGGUGGAGAACAAGAGUAUAGAGGGCGUUACUGAUAUCCGUGAUGAAAGUGAUCGUACUGGUAUGCGCAUUGUAAUCGAGCUGAAACGUGGAGCAGAACCAGCGCUUGUCUUGAAUAAUCUUUAUCGUCUAACUCAGCUUCAAUCUAGUUUUAGUUGCAACAUGGUUAGUAUUCUGGAUGGACAACCUAAACAGAUGGGACUGAAAGAAUUGCUUCAGGCAUUUUUAGACUUUAGAUGCUCUGUUGUUGAGCGACGUGCCCGGUUCAAACUUUCACAAGCUCAGGAGAGGAGACAUAUCGUUGAGGGUAUCGUGGUGGGCCUUGAUAAUUUGGAUCACAUAAUUCAAAUCAUUAAGGAAUCUUCCAGCAAUUCAGCUGCAUCUAGUAGUCUAAUGAAUGAAUUCAAUAUUUCAAGUAAGCAAGCUGAAGCUAUAUUAGAUAUAAGCCUCAGAAGGCUCACCCAUCUCGAGAGAAGUAAAUAUGUAGAUGAAAAGAAAUCUCUUAUGGAACAAAUCUCAAAACUAGAGGAGCUACUAUCAAGCAAGGGGAAAAUGUUACAGCUCAUAGAACAAGAAGCUGUUGAGCUCAAGCACAAGUUUUCAAACCCAAGGCGCUCUAUGUUGGAAUAUUCCGAUGACGGGCAGCUUGAAGAUAUAGAUGCUAUUCCAAAUGAAGAAAUUCUGUUGGCUAUCAGCGAAAAGGGUUAUGUUAAGCGGAUGAGGCCCAACACCUUCAAUCUGCAGAAACGUGGAACCAUUGGCAAAUCUGUUGGGAAAUUGAGGGUCAAUGAUGCAAUGUCAGAUUUUGUGGUCUGUCGAUCACAUGAUCACAUUCUUUAUUUUAGUGACAAAGGUAUAGUCUACUCAUCACGUGCUUACAAAAUUCCUGAAUGCACCAGGAGUGCUGCUGGUACUCCUCUGGUUCAGAUAUUAUCAUUAUCUGAUGGCGAGAGAAUAACGUCCAUAAUUCCUGUGAGCGAAUUCCCCGAGGAUCAGUAUCUACUGAUGCUUACAGUCAACGGGUACAUCAAGAAAGUAUCUCUGAAUGUCUUCUCAGCCAUACGCUCAACUGGAAUAAUAGCAAUUCAAUUGGUUCCUGGUGAUGAGCUGAGGUGGGUGCGCUGUUGCACAAAUGACGAUCUUGUUGCUAUGGCUUCACAAAAUGGAUAUGUUAUCCUAAGUUCCUGUGACAAAAUCCGGGCACUAAGCAGGAAUACUAGAGGGGGAGUGGCCAUGAGACUAAAAGAAGGCGAUAAGAUGGCAAGUGUGGACAUCAUACCAGCUGCGAUGAGGGAAGACUUGGAAAGGGCGUUAGAAGAUCCAGCCAACAAUAAGGGCAGUGGUCCAUGGCUGUUGUUCAUCUCUGAGAGUGGCCAUGGGAAGAGGGUUCCUCUAAGCAGCUUCAACAUACUGCCUCUAAACAGAGUUGGUUUAAUUGGCUCUAAGUUUUCCGAGGAGGAAGGACAUUUGGCAGCAGUGUUUGUGGUUGGUUUCUCACAAGCAGAGGAUGGUGAAAGUGAUGAACAAGUAGUUCUAGUUAGUCAAAGUGGUACCGUGAAUAGAAUCAAAGUCCGCGACAUUUCUAUACAGUCACGCUAUGCAAGGGGAGUGAUUUUGAUGAGACUGGAGUAUGCCGGAAAGAUUCAAUCAGCGUCGCUAAUAUCUGCUACGGAGGCUGAAGCAGAUGAUGAACAAACAGCAACAGCAGAAGAUGAAGCAGCAUCUGGUGUUUUGGUGGCUUCCCAGUGA